UUUCUUUCACUGGCUGGAUGCCGCUCAGUCAUUGUAUCACCCCAACAACCAAUCAGUCCAGCUCUCUGUAGGGGGGCAGGUGGAAGGCAGCUUCUCAUUGGCUUUCUACCUGAUUGACCUAUGAGAGUGUUUCCUGUACUACCCUCCAGAUCUCCCCUCCAGAUAUCCACGGGGGGUCCUGAUCUCCAAUCCUCCUCCAGACUCCACCCUGAUCUACAAUCCUCCUCCAGGUCACCAACAUUCCGAUAUUGUCCAUCGCAGCCAAUCAGAUUCAAACCUUCACCUGCUGUGUUGUUUUCCUGUGUGGGGGGCGGAGUCUGCUGGUUACGUGCCACACAGACAGUUCUUAUUUCAGAUGCUGUAAUUGGUGAGAUCUCCGGAUUCCUGACCCCUCCCCCCCGGAGGAACCUGUUUUGUUACCUUCAGGGAAUUCUCUUUCACUCGUCAGUGAGAGCGGCUCCGCCCGCAACUGUCAUCCCGGGGGCCGUCUGGGGACAGAUCUGGAGGUGGACCGGGAGGAGAAGCCACAACCAGAGGACGACGACCUUCCGACACCCGGUGACCGGCGACCUUUCCCCGGAGAAUGCCGAAUUCGAUCUGCGAGAAGGGAUCAUGUCUCCGCAGCAGCUGAACCAAAGACCGUACAGCAUGGUGAGCGAGGGGGGCUCCACCGCGGUCACCGCGUCCACCGCCGACACCAGGCCCCCUCCCAAGGUUCUGAAGUCCAACAGUAAAGCGCACAGCUUCGGGAAAAGAGAUCAGUCCAUCAAGAGGAACCCCAACGUCCCCGUCCUGGUGAGAGGAUGGCUCUACAAACAGGACAGCUCAGGGAUGAAGCUCUGGAAGAGGAGAUGGUUCCUUCUAUCGGACUUUUGCUUAUUUUACUACAAAGAUAGUAAGGAAGAGUCCAUACUGGGCAGUAUUCCGCUUCCAGGAUACAUCGUCUCCCCCGCGGGGCCCGAGGAUCGCAUCAACCGCAAGUACUCCUUCAAGGCGGUACACAAUAGCAUGCGUGCCUACAUCCAGCACCGAGAGCAUGAGAACCCGGGAAUGAGGACCUACUUCUUCAGUGCUGACACCCAGGAGGACAUGAAUGGCUGGAUCCGGGCGAUGAACCAAGCGACUCUCGUCCAGAGCACCCCCGACAACAAAAGGGAGAUUGUUGACGUGGAAUGGCCGGCGGUCCCGGUGAACAACCACACCGAGUCCUUCAAGGAGUUUCCCCAGCCGGAGACGGUCCAGAUGAGGAGCAGCUACUCCAAACCCAAAGAGCUGCCGGCACCCAGAAACGAGGAGCCGCGGCGCAACUCCAGAGAGAAGGACCAAUACCGUGACAUGGGACUCCAAGAUGGCUACCGAGAAGAAGGGGAGAAAGAGCGCUACCCAGUGGUGGGGGAGAAGGAGCGCUACCGGGAGACGGCGGAGAAAGAACACUUUCGGGAGGCGGCGGAGAAAGAACACUUUCGGGAGGCGGCGGAGAAAGAACACUUUCGGGAGGCGGCAGAGAAAGAACACUUUCGGGAGGUGGCGGACAAAGAGCGCUACCGGGAGGCGGCGGACAAAGAGCGCUACCGGGAGGCGGCGGACAAAGAACGCUACCGGGAGGCGGCGGACAAAGAUCGCUACCGGGAGACGGCGGACAAAGAACGCCACCGGGAAGCGGCGGACAAAGAACGCUAUCGAGAGACGGCGGACAAAGAACACUAUCGGCAGGUGGCAGAUAAGGACCGCUAUCGGAAUGGCGGAGACAAUAAGCGCCAGCGGGAGCCGGAUAAGGAACCUAAUUGGACCGGCGGAGACAAAGAACGCCAGCGGAAGGGCGGGGAUAAGGAACGAUUCACGGAGCGGAUAGACAAGGAUUACCACUACCGGGAUCUGGAGGAACAGGAGCGUUUCCGGAACGGCCCUGACCGCGAGAGCUUCGUCGCCCACAAAAACACAAUCAACGCCAAUGGAGGGAAAGCACAGAAUUCUUUUCUCUACAGCGACCGGCAGUCCGCCUUCACCGAUUUCACCAAGCGGUACCGAUAUGCGCCCCCACAGACGCCUCAACCCCAGACCCUGGAGAGGAACGGGACCUUGCCGGCUUCCUUCCGGACCAACACCAGUCCCAUGGAGCAGAACGGAGCCGACACCUACAAGAGGGGCUUCGUAUCUAGAGCCGAGCCGGAGAAACAUGGGCAGCGGCGCAGCGUGAUGGGCCAGGUGGAGCAGUGGGUGAAGAUCCAGAAGGCAGACGGCAAGAGUGUCGGCGCAGAACAUGAGAGGUACCAGACUUUGCCAAAGACCAGCAGACACCCCCCCAGCGGCUCUCCACCCCCCAUCCGCAACUUGCCAAGUGACUAUAAAUACGCCCAGGACCGGGUCAGCCACCUGAAGAUGUCCAAUGAGGAGCGUCAGGCCACCAAGGAGGGGAUGGUGUGGCAGCUCUACGAGUGGCAGCAGAGGCAGCAGUUCAAACAUGGCAGCCCCACCGGGCAGAUCUGUAUGGGCACCAUGGACGCCGCAGACCGCGUGAGAGCCAAGAGUAUGUUAGACGUCCCCCGGUGUGUGUCUGUCCCUCCGUCUCCCUCCGACAUGCCCCCCCCCGGCCCCCCGAAGUUCUUUCCUCCCAGAAGACCCCACACCCCAGCGGAGAGACUGAUGGUCCGGCCGGAGGAGGGGGCCAUCGAUGUCCCUUAUCUCGGAUCCCCACAGAAGAGCCGUGUCAGUGCUGUCAAGUCUGCAGCUCACGUGGAUCGCCGCUCCAUGCCGUCCAUGGGAUAUAUGACACACACUGUAAGUGCCCCCAGUUUACAUGGCAAGUCGGCGGAUGACACCUACCUUCAGCUGAAGAAGGAGUUGGAGUAUUUGGACCUCAAGAUAAAAUAUAAUGAGCCUCUGAUCAACCUCGUUCACAGUGUUCUAAGGAACUCCACCCCGGGGUACCGAACGAGCAUUAACGUGGUGGGAAGAGAGUCGCUGAAAGAUCGCUCCUCCAAGCCGGUCAGGAUCGCCGAGAGUGAUGUGGAUGUGAAGCUCAGUAUUCUGUGUGAACAGGAUCGGGUCCUGCAGGAUCUAGAAGACAAGAUUCGGGCUCUGAAGGACAACAAGGACAAGCUGGAGACGGUUCUGGAGGUUCUGCACAGACAGAUGGACCAGUACAAGGACCAACCACAGCACACCGAGAAAAUCUCCUACCAGCAGCGCCUCCUGCAGGAGGAUUUGGUGCAGAUCCGAGCCGAGAUGUCGAAGGUCUCCACGGACAUGGAGAACUCGUGGAACGAAUAUCUGAGGCUGGAGAGCGACGUCAUACGGCUGAGACAAAUGUUACAGGAGCAGAUGAACCGAUCGCCCUCAUCUCAGGACCGGACGCAGCUGCAGAAGGAUCUGUGGAGGAUCGAGGACGUCACCGCCGGUCUCAGCUCCAAUAAGUUGAACUAUAAAGUGCUGGUGGAGUCGUUCAAAAAUCCAGAAAGGAAAACGGUGCCUUUGGUUUCCUCCACCUUCGUGCCUUCCGGAAGUACGGCGUUCACCUCGGUUCGCAGUAAAUCCGUCUCUUCUCAGAACCAGCCCAGUCUUGUGAUGCAGACGCUGGAGGCGGGGCUUUACCAUCAGCCGUACACCCAGAGCAGGUCGCAGUCCCAGCCGCAGCUGCUGCAGAAACCAGAACUGCGCCUUCAGUCGCCAACCCGAGCGCCGACGCCGCCAAAACUCGAUGACGGCGUCCCGCCGCGACCUCCCCUGCCGGACAUGUACAGUCCAGAUGACCUUCCCCCGAACAUCCCUCCCCCGCCAGCCCUGCCCCCUCCCCCGCGGGAAUCCUCUGUGGUCAGACAUACAUCGGUGCGGGGCUUAAAGAGGCAGUCGGAUGAGAGGAAGAGGGACCGGGAGAUGGGGCAGGGCACCAACGGAGACUACAGGGUAGAACUGCGCACUUAUGUCAGCGAACCAGAACUCGCCAAUCUCAGCAGCGACUCCUCCUCCCCGCCGUCCGGCUUCCUGGGCUCAGAUUCUGGUUACCAAACGUUGCCUACUAGAGGUUUCUCUGGCUCCACCUCCAGGCUCCCUCAGUCCUCCUCCUCGGCGGUCUCAUCGUACGUCACGUUACGGAGGGGCACCGACACUUCUAAGGACAGACCAAAAAGUGCCUUUGAGCGCCUUUACGCCGGCGACAACCAAAGAGGUAAAAUCAGCGCCGAAGAGCAGCUCCAGCGCAUGAAGCGUCACCAGAAAGCCCUCGUACGCGAACGCAAGAGGACGCUCAGCCAAGGAGAGAAGCCGCCGGCGAGCGGCCGCCCGGCCUCGCGGCCCGUGUCCGCGGACAUCAGCUCA